AGCGGAAAAAAAGAAGAGGUUACAUUUCCGGGUUGGAGGCAGCGGCGCCAAAAGCGAAAAGCUGGGCAUCAUUUUCUCCAAGUUAAGCUCAGGUGUUUCAAGUGUUUUCGUUCGCUCGUUAUAGCCUUGACCAGAACGCUUUGAAAAUGGACCCCAAGGCGGAGUUUUUUACCAAAUUGAAGAAACUAUGUGGGAUGGUGGAAACGGAGGUAGCCCAGCUUCAGCAAACCUUCGAGAACCGUCACAACAGCGGCAGUGAUGCAGCAGCGAAAGCCAUGGGAGCCUUUGAUGACUUGUACUCUGAGGCGUUAACCCUGAAGGUGAGGAACAAAGCAAAACAGACGAAAAAGGGUCAGCUGCAGGACACGCUGAAUGAGCAGAAAGCACAGAUGAAGGAAGUGGACGCUUUCAUCCAGGCCUGCACAGCCAUGCAGACCAAACUCAUCCGUGACGUUCGCGUGCUCACAGAACAUUGUGAAAAGUAUGGAUACCAAGCUCCCACAGACACAAGUCCACUUAAUGCUGAAGGUGAGAAGUUGGCAGACAAAGAGUCGGAUGAGACCACUCCAGCAGAAAACGAAAGAAAAGGUCAAGAUGAUGAGGAGUUGGCGUCGGGAUGCAGCAAGUCACCAGUGCCACCUCCACCAAUGGCCAACCGCGCUGAACCCAUGCGCAGCCCCAAAAUGUCUGACUUUGGCCUGUGCGAGCUGGAACUUCGUAGGAGGUUCUUGGAAUGCAAAGAGGACCCUGCCGUGCCCGACGUGGGCCUCCCCCGCCAGGACAUGCCUACGCCGCUGCCCCCUACCCCCAAGUUUAUGCUGCACAUGGACGAUGACAAAUUCCGCAGCCCGCAGAUGAUUGACUUUGGCAUCUCUGAGGACACCAUGUUCCCCAGCAGCGACUUCACCAUGGAUCUCUUCAGGAAGGACGCAGACAAAAGACAAGCGCAGAACCGGGACCUGCCAGCCCCAGCCCCAGUCCCAGCUACAGCUACAGCUCCAACUCCAAGUCUCAGUGAAGAAAACGACCUGGUUUCUCCUGAGCCACCUGUGUUCUUUACGCCGGGGUUGGGGAUAAAAAGAAAUGGGCCUUGUUCCCCACCACCCCAUGACGCCGCAGAGUUUCGUAGCAGCGCCGCCAAGCCUUCCAUCCUCCCUGAAUCCCCCGAGGUUCCGGUCUUCCAAACUCCCUCCUUAAAACAUCUGCUAAGCAGCAAAAAGCAUAAGCCCCUUGUCCCGGAAAGCGGGGACAGCCAUGUCAUACCACGUCUUCUGAAUCCUCUCGAAGGUGCCAUCCAAGAGCGACCACACGCGUCUGAAUACAAAGUGCCAGAAUUAUGCAUCCCGGGUGUACAGGAGGACUUGAACUUGGAUGGAGCCACACAGGACUUCUGUUUAAGCACCCCCCGAACUAUGAGGGAGUUCGAUGAGAUGAACUCUCCCGAAAUGCCUGAUCUCAGCUCUGUCACGCAGGACAUCUGCAAAAUCGUGUUGGAGUCUCAGAGGUCCCAGAAAAGAGCGGAACACAAAAACAGAUUCAUUAACGUGGUAUCAAUGCAGGAGUUUUGCAGCUUGCCAGAGUUUUUGAAGGGGACUUCCCUGAACAACCUGAACCAGGCGGUCCACAACAUCAACAAGUAUUUGGCCAAGUGUCUAGCGCCGGACACGUGCACGUAUACGAUGGAAGAACUGAAAAAGAUGACAGACAUGGACAUCAGGGCACCCAUUUACAUGCUGUGCUUGACAGAGCUCAAGAGGUUGGAGAAGGUGGAAGGAGCGGUGAACGAUGCGGUCUACAAGUUCAACCUAAGUAGCUGAGUGUUCAGGUUGUUUGCCAUCAUGGUCCUCAUUUAUUUGCACAACAGUUGUUUAAGGGCACCAACUCCAUGUGUGUAGUAAAAAUCUGAUAUAUGUAAAAUAUAAUUCCAUGCUACAGAA